AUGCAGCCGCCCUCGCAGAAGCAGCUCGCCUUCGCGGAGGAGCUCGCGCGGCAGGCAGGCAGGGCGGUGCCGGAGGACGCGCGCAGGAGCCGGCAGGAGUGCGCGCGAGUCAUCGACCAGCUGGAGGGAAUGGUGCCGCCCUCGCAGAAUCAGCUCGCCUUCGCGGAGGAGCUCGCGCGGCAGGCAGGCAGGGCGAUGCCGGAGGACGCGUUCCGGAGCAAGCAGGAGUGCAGCAAAUUCAUCACUGAGUUGGAGGCUGCUCGGAUGUCUCGCCAGUACGCGGUGGCGCCCGACUCAGGCAUGGGGCGGUGGGACCAUGCGCGUCCGAGCGCCCCAGGUGGCGGGCAGUUCGGGAGCGAGCCGUGGGCAACAAGCGUGAUGCGGUCCGGCGACGGUCCGCCCUCGCAGAAGCAGCUCGCCCUCGCGGAGGAGCUCGCGUGGCAGGCAGGCAGGGCGGUGCCGGAGGACGCGCGCAGGAGCCAGCAGGAGUGCGCGCGAGUCAUCGACCAGCUGAAGGGGAUGCAGCCGCCCUCGCAGAAGCAGCUCGCCUUCGCGGAGGAGCUCGCGCGGCAGGCAGGCAGGGCGGUGCCGGAGGACGCGCGCAGGAGCCGGCAGGAGUGCGCGCGAGUCAUCGACCAGCUGGAGGGAAUGGUGCCGCCCUCGCAGAAUCAGCUCGCCUUCGCGGAGGAGCUCGCGCGGCAGGCAGGCAGGGCGAUGCCGGAGGACGCGUUCCGGAGCAAGCAGGAGUGCAGCAAAUUCAUCACUGAGUUGGAGGCUGCUCGGAUGUCUCGCCAGUACGCGGUGGCGCCCGACUCAGGCAUGGGGCGGUGGGACCAUGCGCGUCCGAGCGCCCCAGGUGGCGGGCAGUUCGGGAGCGAGCCGUGGGCAACAAGCGUGAUGCGGUCCGGCGACGGUCCGCCCUCGCAGAAGCAGCUCGCCCUCGCGGAGGAGCUCGCGUGGCAGGCAGGCAGGGCGGUGCCGGAGGACGCGCGCAGGAGCCAGCAGGAGUGCGCGCGAGUCAUCGACCAGCUGAAGGGGAUGCAGCCGCCCUCGCAGAAGCAGCUCGCCUUCGCGGAGGAGCUCGCGCGGCAGGCAGGCAGGGCGGUGCCGGAGGACGCGCGCAGGAGCCGGCAGGAGUGCAGCAAGUUCAUCAGUGAGUUGGAGGCGGCUCGGAUGUCUCUCCAGUACGCGGUGCCGCCCGACUCAGGCAUGGGGCGGUGGGACCAUGCGCGUCCGAGCGCCCCAGGUGGCGGACGGGGAGGAGAGCAGACGCCCUCGCAGAUAGAGGUGGAGUUCGCGGAGUGGCUCGCCCGGGAUAAUGGCUUCUUGCAGUUGCCAGACGAAGUGCGCUACAGCAAGCGUUUGUACGAG